AUGAGCGAAAAUCUGCAGUUCGUACAGAGUUUAUCCGGCGGGGAGUCCAGAAACAAUUUGCUGGGCGAAAUGUUUGAAGUGUGCACUAAACAGGACGAACCGGUCGUCUCAUCAACAUCCUCGCCUCCCUCAAUUGAAAAUCCAGCCGACAUCCCGCUUCUGGUAGCGAAUGCGACACUUCAGAAUGCAGCAGAAGAAGAAGUGGAAAGUGAAGUAAAUGAUGUGGAAAUGAAGACAGAUGCGAGCACACAAACUGAUCUGGACGAAGGCUUCAAAGCGCCUUCGUCGUGUACGAGCCUGUGCAAAUCGCCCAGUCACGUAAGUGGUUUAUCUGCUCGACAUUGA